GAUGGCGGAUGGCGGGACCUUAGAGAAGUUUGAAUGCAGGUGGCUUUGUUUAGCCGUCGAUUCCCCACGGGAUGUAGAAUGAGAUGUGGAAGUGGUGGUAUACAGCCGCAAUUUCCUCUAUAGCUGGGCUAUUAUGUUUUUUGAAUUCUCUGUCAGCAGAUUUCGUGUACGAUGACAGCCGAGCCAUCCUAAAAAAUUCUGACCUGCUACCUUCAACUCCGUGGAGUAAUGUCCUAUUCUAUGAUUUUUGGGGGACCCCUCUCACACAUAGUGGAAGCCACAAGUCUUACAGACCUCUGUGUGUGGCAACAUUCAGGAUCAACUUUUACUUUGGUGAAUUGAAUCCAUUUGGAUACCAUCUUGUGAAUGUAUUAUUACACAGUACUGUUUGUUGGUUGGUUGUGGCUUUGUCAUACAUCUUUCUCCCUGCUCACUUUCCAUGUACAGUGGCUGGGCUUCUUUUUGCCAUACACCCCAUUCAUACAGAGGCUGUCACUGGAGUUGUAGGACGAGCUGAUAUAGGAGCAUGCUUGUUUUUCAUUGCAUCAUUUUUGGCUUAUAUCAAGUCUCACAAGUUCACCACAAACAAUUCUCAGCUUAGAGAGGUUCAUACACAGUGGCUGUGGUUGGUGUUUUGUUUUCUAUUGUGUACAGCAAGCAUGUUAUGCAAGGAACAAGGCAUCACUGUGUUAGGAGUUUGUGCUGUGUAUGAGGUUAUGGUACUGUUAAGCCAUGUGAAGAAUCAGACUAAUUUUGCAGCCAUAUCAAUGGCUGUUAAAAAUGGUCAUGCCUUGCGCUUACUUUUGGUGAUCACCACUGGACUUGCUCUGUUGCUUCUGAGAAUCUGCAUGAUGGGGAGUCAACCACCUGAUUUUUCACCAUCUGACAAUCCUGCUGCAAAUUGUGAUAGCAGACAGACCAGGCUGUUAACUUGCUUGUUUUUGCCAGCAUUUAAUUUCUGGCUCCUGUUGUCUCCUAAAACAUUGAGUUUUGAUUGGUCAAUGGAUUCUAUACCUCUGGUUGAGUCUUUGCUGGACCCACGCUGUGGAGUGAUUAUAGCAUUUUAUGGAACUCUGGCCUUAUUGGGUUUAUACUGUUUAAAAAGCUUGGUAUUUCACUUAAAUGUGGAAGAAACUGUCAAAGACACAUCUUCACAGAAGGAACAUGCUGUAAAGCGUAGAAAAGACUUAGCUGAAAAAAAUGGAAAAAAACAUGUGAAGAAGUCUACAGAUAAUGCCAAGCAUUCAAAUGGCAUUUAUUCUAAUCAACAGCAAAGUAACAAUAAAUUACCAAUGAGAGACUUCAGUGUCACCAACAAGACUUGUUGGAUUAAAACAACACUCAUUUCACUUGCAAUCUUAACACUUUCUUUUCUCCCAGCGAGUAACCUAUUUUUCUAUGUUGGUUUUGUGGUGGCAGAACGAAUACUCUACAUUCCAAGUGUUGGAUUUUGUUUGCUGAUUGCUGUUGGAGCUGACAUAAUUUGGAAAGCUUGUAAUGAGCAGCAGUUGAGACUAUUUUCUGGGUUCUUGGUGUGUUUAUUAAUCUUAUCUGCAGCAAGAACUGUGGAAAGGAAUUGGGAUUGGCAAAAUGAAGAGGCACUGUACAGAUCUGGCAUCACUGUCAACCCUGCAAAAGCUUGGUCAAACUUAGGGAAUGUGCUGAGUUCACAAGGAAGAACUAGAGAAGCUGAAAAUGCUUACAGAAAGGCUCUGACAUACCGUACCAACAUGGCUGACACGCACUAUAACUUGGGAAUCCUUUUGGCUGAACGACAGCAAUACAGUGAAGCAAUCAAAAGCUAUGAAAAUGCCAUCCACUACAGGCCAAGACUAGCUGCUGCCCAUUUGAAUUUGGGUAUUUUGCUGGCUGACUUGGGGCAUAAGGAGGAAGCUGUAAAGAUUCUAAAGAAUGCUUCAACCAUCAGCGGUCAUGGAUUAAAGGAUCCCAAACAGCACAGUCAUUCAAUUACAUCAAUAAAGUAUAAUCUUGGGCGCAUCUUGGCUCAACUUGGGAAACCAAAGGAAGCCCUUACAGUUUACUUUGAGGCAGUAAAAACCAUGCCAGCUCACUAUGAGCCUCACAGUUUGUUCAACCUGAUAGGGGAAGCAUACUCUGCAACUGGGAAAUAUGCAGAAGCUGAAAAAUGGUACAAGGAAUCACUCAUGAGUAAACCAGAUCACUUGGCUGCUCAUCUUACAUAUGCUAAACAUCUUGCUAAACUGGGCAACUUCAAUGAAGCUGAACAUUGGUUCAAGAAAGCACAAGUUUUAAAUAAAUCAGAUCAUGCUUCUUGGACACAUUAUGGGCAGUUUUUGUUUGAUCAGAGGCGAUUGACGGAGGCAGCCACAAUGUUUACUAAGGCCAUGAAAUUAGCUCCCCAUGACUUUGAAAUUGCAUUUACUGCUGCUGGGUAUCUCAGGGAAAUUGGAGACUAUGAAAGGGCAGAGAGUUGCUACAAGAAGGCAGUGAAGUUGAAUCCACAGAAUCCAGUGGCACAUAUGAAUCUUGGAGCUAUGUUGCACCUCCAAGGUAAACUUAACGAAGCUGAGAUGAGUUACACCCGAGCACUAGAGUUGAGACCUGGGGACCAGCUAACACAGGAAAAUCUGAAAAAGCUAAGAACUUUGCAAGCCAAAAGGAAAGUCUGAGU